UCUUUCGCUUUCAGUAAUAACGAUACACAACUACUCUCCAGAGUACACCGUACACUCUCCCUUUUCUUUCUUUUGCCCUUAUGAAUUACUCAGUCAGUCAGUCAACCACGUAUUCUACCUAUCCAUACAUCAGAAGUACUUGUUGUUCUGUUAUGCCGAGUACAGACACCUUCUAAAUCAAAUGCUAGUCAUGACCUAGUGGUAUGGAGUGGUGGAGGGAGUGGCGUCGGUUGUCACUGGACUGGCAAUGCUGGUACAGCCUGGUUACUGCUGGCACGCUGGCACCGCUGGGGGGCACUGGGACACUGGGUGGGCAGAGUGGGCAACUUUGCCAUGCCAUCAUUGCCGGGUUUAGUGCUCACUGCUCGCUACUCACUGGCAACUGCUCACUGGCAACUGCUCACUGGCAACUGCUCACCCAUCGUCCCAUCUCAUUGACCGCCUCACAUUCUCCAGUACUCGGUAUACAUAUCGAACAACGUUUAUCCGCAAACAGAAAGGUAGAUCAUCCGCGGCUUAACCAGCAAUCAUCAAUUAUCACUGUAAACCCUUUCUUUCCCAGUCAGGCGGCGCUGCGUUGUCCAGCGCUCUGGCAUGCCGGAUACAUACCAACACCCUCUUUGCCUCUAUUAUUCUACAAGUCUCCGCCAUCAUUGCCACCAUCGCCACACUAUUUGAACAACCUUACAAAUGCCCCCUGCCUUCUCUGAUCAUGGGUAGACCCUGGUCUCCCAUCCCCAAUUCCCAUCUGUCUUUUCCUGCCUUUUCCCGUCCUGGCUUGUCUUGUCCUUUCUUGUCCAUCUUGUAACUUCAACUUCCCCACUACGACUACAACCGCCGCCAUACCAACACGACACCGUCCCAGCACCGUCCAUCCACGAUGCUAUUUCUAUAACAUACUCGGCAUCUACUCCUUUUAU